AUAAAACACAAAAAAAUUCACGAUGAAAGUACGCAGUGUGACAGUGUGACAGAGAUGAAAAAACGCAACAACAUAAACAACAAAAUCAUAAAUAUUGUUUUUGUAGCAAGCAAGUCAGCAGCGAGAGGACUUUAUGCUUUCUGUCAGCUUCGGUCGGUCGAUGCAAGGUGUGAAGGAGGGGGCGCAACGACGCUCCGGCAGCGGUAUGGCCGCCUCAUGAAUACGGUGGAUGCGGCUUCGGAGGUGGAGGUUUUUUUCUUCCUCGUUUUCAACUUCACUGGUGGUAAUUAUAAAUCAUGGAAAAUGUAAGUUUUACUGUAGCUAUACUUAUACUUGCUUUAUGUGGUUCGGUUUUGAGACGUUGUGUGGCGUUUUUUGUAAUCAAUUCCAUCGCUAGUGGGGUUAUUUUUUCCUCGGACCGAGUUUAUGGAUUCGUUCGAAUCCACUUGCGCAACGCAAUACAAUGCUUUUCGACGGUAACAUGGACCCACGGACAGGUUGAGAGGACUGAGCGUAUGCGUUGGAUUUGACAGGUUUCAUUUUUUUAUUAAUGUAUUCAUGUUAAAUAGAUUGAUUUCUAGGAAACCGUCAAGUGAAAGGAUUAUAUUUUUCGAGAAGAAUACGAGCGAAACGUCGUUUCAAACCUAAAUCGUAAUGGCUCGAGCAUUUGUGAAGUCAGUCGAUUAGAAUUCUUUAAGUUUUUCUGGCAAUUUUUGCUGAAGAUUAUGUAAGUUCAAUGUCUGACGAUCCACGAUCGUGUUACACCAGUAACGAAUUUAGGAUAAUUUUAGCAACUACCACGCAACUGAUGAGAAGACUAGAAGUUUUGAAGACCACCAGCAAAAAACAUCGUUGAGCUAGAUCAGCCCGCAUUAGUCCUGUGCGCCGCCACGCCGCGCCGCCGCCGCCGACAUUUUUACGCACGCCACCGCCGCCGAUGAUUUCGAGACGGCGCGCCGCCGAGGACAUUUUUAUCGCGCCGAUAGUUAUUUCUUUGCUGGUUGUUAAAUUGUUGGUUCACUUGAUUCCUAACCAUUCUUAUUUCUUUUUGUGACAUCCUGUCAACCCGGAUGAACAUAGUUUUACUUAUUUAUGUUUAAAUAAAAAAAACCAACAUGAGAGUGUAUACAUUAUACGCAAUAUUUAAGAAGCGGUAAUUAGUGUGACGCCGGUACACGCCGCCGCUGCAGAGAAUUACCAACGGCGUCACGCCGUCGCGCCGAUCGCCGCCGAGGUAAAACGUUUUCUACGCCGCCGCCGCCGGUGAUAUGGUCGGCGCACAUGUCUAGCCCGCAUCUGUAAAUCUAAUGAUAGUGAGUUUAUCACUUCCGCAAACAGAAGCAUCUUUAUCUCUCGUAGGUUAUUAUCACUCAUUGCUGCCGGUUCCCUAUAAAGUCGUAAAUAGGUAACAUUCUAGAAGCAGUAGCCAAAAUGGAACGUCUACUGAAAGUUGUAACAAUUCUUUUGUCAAUCUCAGUGGUCCUUUUUGGGCCCAGUGCGUCAGCCAAAUAUGAUGUAUACGUUGUUAUGGGUGGAAGGAUUAGUGAAUUAUAUGACUUUCCUUGGAUGGCAAUGCUGUUGUAUCAAAAGGGUUAGCUUAGAUAACAGCCAUCAGUUGAAGUACAAAUGUGGAGGGUCACUUAUAAGCAGCACACACGUGGUAACAGCAGCCCAUUGCGUCAAAGGGCCACACGACCGCGAGGGCCCACUUAAAUUUGUGCGUCUCGGCGAGUACGACGUGAAUACUAAUCCAGAUUGUAUGUUUUUUGAAAAAAACAGGCGAAUCUGCAAUUCAGGAAAAUUCGAUACGGCUCCUAAAAGCGUACGAGUUCAUCCCAACUAUCGAGUUGGAGCUAAGAACUACCGCCACGAUAUUGCAAUCAUAGAACUUGCCUUGAGGCCGCCACAAUCGGCAUUCAUCCAACCGAUUAAACUACCUGAUCAGUUUCAACAGAACCGAGGCAAUUCAAUUAGACCAGGAACUAUGCUCAGCGCAGCCGGAUGGGGUCGCACCGAUUUCUUUCUCCAGCAGCUGGGAACCAUGAUAUCAAGUCCUGUUAAGCAAAAAGUUGAUCUACCCUACGUUGAUCUGCGCACUUGUCGAAGAAUCUAUUAUGUGCAAGAAAAGGGAAUACUAUUAAGAUAUGGUCAAUUAUGCGCUGGUGGUCAACAGGGUAAGGAUACCUGUAAUGGCGACAGUGGGUCUCCGUUGGUGUUUCGCGAUCGCGCGAGAGGUUGGAUGCUGCUAGGAGUAGUUUCGUUCGGGUCCUCAACCUGCGGCACAGAAGGUUUGCCAGGAGUUUACACCGAUGUACGGAGCUACACGACAUGGAUACGAUCAAACAUGCGUUCGUAGCUGCUAUAUUUAUAUACUCAAUAUUAUAAUAUUAUACGGGUCAAGAACAAAUCUUUUUUGAAACAGUAAAUAUAACUAGUUGUCUGUCCA